GCGACUUUCUGGCUUGCACAAUGAGCACCGCAUAUGCCGCGUCCCCCAUCCAAAGGACAGGAUCGACGUUACCAUAUCGUUCUCAGGCCGCACAGCCACGCCCUACUGUGACAGACGACUACGAGCGAUGGUACACCGAGGGCACACCGAACAACCGCAUGUUGCUUGCCCUCCGCUCGGGCAUCGACUCGGAAAUAUCUUGGGCGUUGGACCGCUUAACCGCCUCGCUCUGUUCACGCGCAACCACGUUGUUCGCCCUUCCGCAAGAGUGGGAGCGGAAACGGAAACACGCGUUGGAGUCGAUCCUGAUACUGCGGAAUGCUGCCGUCAAUGAGCCCAACGCGCAAGAGCUCUCUGAACACCGCCGCACGCGGUCGCUCAUCCUUCUCGCGCUGCAUAACAUCAAGCCCGAGACCUCUACAAGAAUAGCAGGAUCGAGCAUCAAUCGCUCGCUCAUCUUGGCUGCUAUGUCCACACUCAACUUGCUGCUGUCCAAUCCUGCCAAUGUCACCCACUUGACCGAGGAGUCGCCUGCGUUGGAAGCCUCGAUUAAGUAUCUGCCAUUGUUUGUGGACAAGCCCCUUCUGGAUGCCUCCGUGAACUACCUGUAUACACACCUGUCGCACCCCGCAAUGACAAAGGCUUUCCUUCUUCAUCCCAAGAUGCCGGGUACACUCAAGCUUCUUGUGUCGCUCUUGCUCUCGGAACAGACUGAAGAAACGGUCUCUGUGGACAUCGGUAGCCCUGUGCAUACCGUGCCGUCGUCUUUCACUACCAUGAAGGAUCACGAGCUGUCGAAAGAGGAGUUUGACCGGCUGUUACCUAUCCCAGAGCCGCAACGCUGUUAUGAAUGGAUGAGAACCAUGUUCGUAUCGAAAACAGAUGGGGAGCUGACGCAAGUCGAAUUCUGGAACCUAUACAAAGAUGUGUUUACGCCUCACGCUGCCCAACACCGUAUGUUGGCAGCAUCGGACGUCAUAAAAAAUGUUAGUCUGGUCUUCCCUCCUGGGCAAGCCAUGGUCCUUGGAAACCCACAACGCUUCGUGGUACGCGGCGUCGACAGGCGGAAAGAGCGGUCAGCGGUCGAGCAGCAGUUCAAGUGCCUGUGGGACCGCUCGCAGUGUUCAGCGCGGACCUUCGAACUCGAAUGUUCAUGGGCAACUUGCUCGCAUGCGUCUCUGCCAAAAGCGUUCCUGCGCGGCCACGUUCUGACCCAUCUGCCGAGCUCACAAUCCGCACCAAAAGAUCCUGGUCAGAUGGACACGGUCUCUCUGCCAUACGAAAACUACCCGCACCCCAUCCCGAACCCCACCUCGCGACCACUCCCUCCGCCGCGCUCCGCGAAGCUCACGUACAAACGGCCGAUGGCCGAGCCGCCUUCCACAUCGCUCACCGCGCUUCUGUGCAUUCGAGUGUUGUUCCGUGCUUCGUUCGCCUCGUCUGACGCCGCCCCGCGCGCGGACGAAGACCACUUCGGCUUCCCGGGUGUCGGGAGAAAGGCGUUCAUUGGUAUCCGCCACCUGCUCGAGAACGUCAGAAUCAAGGACGAGGCGUUGAUGGGGUGGAUCACGGAGAUGGUGGAUGCUGGGAUCACUGGGACGACAUAACGGGGCGUGUCCGAGAACUCUUCUAGGGUCUACAUAGGCGCAAACGCCGCCCUCAGUAUGCCUGUAUCGUAUACUCCCCAGUAACGCCUUGCAGGAGGAUGAGUACGGUCCAGGAGCUUUCGCCUAUAGCUAGCGAACUCGAUGGACGAAGUACUGCUUACUCAUCAUCGUCUGCGCGCGUUCACUGCAACAUGCAAUGUAAUUUUCUGCGACGACAUGUAGAGUAGACUUUUCUGUCAGCAAUAUCAAUGCUUUGUAGCCUUUGUACUGUGGCCCCGGGCGGGUGC